AUGGCGUCGAACCCUGAUUCAAAGUUGCACAUCCCCGAUGAAAUGUUCAACUUCUUCAACUCUCUGAACACUGCCGUGGACACAGGGGAUAUCAGCAGUUUUCACAACCUUUACGAGAACAUCUUCCCCAGCCACUUGAGCAAGUACUAUGCGGCCGAACAGGGGGAGUUCCGCCCCUUGCCAGUGCUGCAGAGGAUGGAAGUCGCCGAGUGCUUUGGAAAUGACACAGCUGGAAAGCUGUACUCCUUCCUGUGCUUCAAGCACCUCUUCACCGAUCGUGACGUGACGGCAGAGGAUGCUAAGGUUUCAUGGAGGACUUUCUGCGACCUCUUUGUCUCUCUUCCAGGGAGUUGUGAUAUUCCGAAUUGGUUCCUUUGGGAUAUUUUCGACGAGUUCCUGUUCCAAAUGACGGUGGUUUAUCAGAAGCGUUUUGCUGAGGGUGCAGAGUGGUCGGUAACUGAAGCUGUGCAAAUGAUGGAGAAGGUCAUCAGCGAGUCGGGUAUUGAAGAGGUUAUGGAGAGCGACAAGGCGGACGAUAUCACCAAAUCAGGGGAAAACCACGUUCGGUGGAUGUCUGGGUUCUUUGGAAUAAUUACCGUAGCUAAAAUCAACGUACUUCUGGGAGACUAUAACUCUGCUCUAUCGGUACUGAAGCCACUGGAUAUUUAUGGUCGUGGGAAGAAGAUCUUGGCGGAGGUAGCGCCUGCCAACGUGUCACUGAUGUAUUAUGUGGGUUUCAGCUACCUCAUGCUCCGGCGUUACGCCGAUGCUAGCAGGGUUUUCCGACAAAGCCUCUCGGCAAAGGUGAGUAGCCGUAAGUUCUCCGAAAGGGUUCGAUUGGACUGCGCUUUCAUGCACGUCGUCUCCUGCAUACUUUGCGGCACGCAACCCGACAAUCUGAGCUGGUUGAUGGAUUCCCGCAAGCUCCAGGUCCUUGAAGAUGAUAAAGAGCUCCUUGCCACCGGUGACGAGGAGCGGUUUCGAGACGUCUUCGAUCGCUGCAGCCCCAAGUUUCUGGCUGUACCCCCCGUGCCACCAACUGUGUGCAAGGGUAUGGAGGGUAAGGAACUUCAGGCCCGCCUUUUUCUUCGUGCAGUGAAGCAGCAACAGGACACAAUUAAACUUCGUGUGUACCUUGGUGUGUAUCAAACUACAACCACAGAGCUCGUCAAAACCGUCUUAGACGUCAACGACGGACUCGUGCCGCUGUUUGCCAUGAAACUGACCUCCAGGCAACUGGUUCAUGAUGGUGUCUCCGCCGAUCUGCAUUCUGGCACAUAUGUUGUCCGUGCAGCACUUGAUUGCACGGUUGAGGGUGAUAACAUAUGCGUGGUGCAGAAGUCGUCCUACCGCACAAUUGAGUCAAAAUAUUUCAAGCGCAUGACGCAACGCCGCCCGCGCCACAGGCAUUUCGAUAACCCACGUCAGGGAAGGCGACCGGCACCGGAUGCCCACAAUACUAACUAA